CCCCUCGCGAGUGCCAAGCGUUAGUUUAAGGUCUGCAGCUGACAGGGCAGUGUCUUAUGUGACUGUGAGGCGUUAACAACUGGUAGCAAGGAUCCGUUUCUGUAGAUAUUUUCAUCAUGAGAACAGUUAUCUUUCUCUGUUUGCUGGUCACAUUGUUGUACCUUGUGUCAUGUUGUGAUGAGGACACACAUUACUGGAAGCAAGAUAAAUGCUGCAAGAAGUGUGGACCAGGUAAGAGGAUGCUGAAGGAUGACAACUGUGAGGACCCGCGCUGUCAGGACUGCCUGGACGGAGAGUAUCAGAGCGGCUACACCAGCAACACCAAAUGUGAACGCCAGCCCAGCUGUGACCCCAAUUUACAUUUUCAGCCACAAAUUAAUCCCAGUAAGACCAGUUUAAGCAAAUGUCAGUGUGAAGCUGGAUACUACUGUACGCAAGACGAUGACUGCGACACUUGUAGGAAACGCACAGUUUGCAAGGCAGGACAGAGAGUCCUCAUAAAAGGUUCACCGUUUAGUGAUACUGUGUGUGAGGCAUGUAAAAAUGGAUCAUUCUCCACCCAUGAGUCAGCUGACACUUGCAAGGAAUGGACAAUAUGUGAACAUGGAUUUGAUAAAAACGCUCCUGGCAGUUCAACCUCAGACCGAAUCUGUGUGGAUGACAGACGUGCUCACAGAGGUGCAGUUGCUUUUGGAGUUGUAGUACUUCUGCUCAUCUUAAUUGGAAUUGCUGCAACAUUAUACUUCACAAAAGGAAAUAAAUGCUGGAAAGAGCUCCACAAAUGCUUCAAUAAAGGAAGAUCGCAUGAAAAUCUAGAUGUUGAGAAACCAAUCUAUCAACAGCCUGUGGAGGUCGAUGAACCCGUGAGCCCCUCACCAAGUAACGUAACUGAAAAUGGAAAUGUUGUAGAACAAGAGAGGGGCAAAGAACCUGUCUAUCCAAGUGCUGAAUCAAAUUCAUAUAGUUAUUACUAGAGCAAAGUCUUCUAC